AUGGCACCCCAACCACCUUCCGUGACAGCCUUGUCAGCGCCCGGCAAGGUUCUCCUGACCGGCGGAUACCUGGUCCUCGAUCGCAGCUACACCGGUACUGUUUUCGCUCUUGAUGCGCGCAUCCACGUUGUUGUUCAACAACUGCGACGGGGUCACCGCCGAGGGGCCUCUGGGUCUGGACCGGAUCACAAGGCCGCCGUUACGGGCAACGAGGCAGAUUCUGUCCGACUAGAGGGAUCAGGUGUUGACGAGACUGAGGCCGAGGCCGAGGACACCAUCGUGGUGCGCUCGCCGCAAUUCGAUAAUGCGAUCUGGGAAUACGGCAUCCAGCGAUGCGAGAACGGUGGAGGAGUCAAGGUGAUUCAGAAAAACGAUGGACCGCGGAACCCGUUCGUCCAAACCUCCUUGAGCUAUGCAUUGACCUAUAUUGGCUACGUUGCCGACUCCAAGGAUUUCGGCUCACUCUCCGUGACUAUCCUGGCUGAUAAUGACUACUACUCGGAAACCGCCGCCUCCAAGGGUCCUGCGUCCCAGGGUCGGGGUCGCUUUGUCAAUUUCGGUGUCCCCCUUCUCGAAGCCCACAAGACAGGAUUGGGAUCUUCAGCUGCCCUGGUAACUGCUCUUGUUUCCUCACUAGUGAUCCACCGGACUAUGCAGGCAGAUGACCUCGGCGCCGGCCGCGACAAGCUCCACAAUUUGGCCCAAGCCGCCCACUGUGCAGCCCAGGGCAAGGUCGGUUCUGGCUUCGACGUGGCUGCUGCCGUUUACGGAUCUUGUUUGUACAAGCGCUUCUCGCCGGCCAUUCUCGAGUCGGUGGGUGACGUGGGAACACCUGGAUUCGACGAGCGGUUGUUUGCCGUUGUUGAGGAUGCUAACCCCGAGCACCCCUGGGACACCGAGUGCGUCGAUUUCGGCAUGCAGCUUCCCCGCGGGAUGCAGAUGGUUCUAUGUGAUGUCGAAUGUGGUUCGCAGACGCCUUCUAUGGUUAAGAAGGUGUUGGCGUGGAGGAACGAAAACCGCAAGGAGGCCGAUAUCCUCUGGGCCAGUCUCCAGAACAACAAUGAGCGUCUUCGCCAGGAGCUCAAGCGUCUGGCGCAGCACCCCGAUGCUAACACGGAUGGCGAGUUCUCCGAGAUCCAGAACUACAUUCAGCGUAGCCGUCACCAUAUCCGCACGAUGACCCGCCGGACGGGCGUGCCCAUUGAACCGAAAGUGCAGACCGAGCUGCUGGACAGACUCUCUGAAGUGGACGGAGUUAUUGGAGGCGUGGUGCCCGGUGCUGGAGGAUAUGAUGCCAUUGUGUUAUUGAUCCGAGAUGAUCCCGCCGUGAUUACACGAUUGAACGAACAAUUCGAGAAUUACAAGAGCGCGGUGGAAGAUGACUUUGGUGGCAAGAUUGGAAAUGUACGGCUGUUGGGUGUCCGGCAUGGGUCUGAAGGGGUGAAGAAUGAAGUGCUGGAGCAGUAUGCAGGCUGGGUCUAG